AUGGGCAAGGCAGUAGCCUAUCUAAACGAGCAAAUUUGGGACGAGAAGUACUCUGGUUAUGUCCCUACCCACGUAUUCAAUCACAAUGUUUUCAAGCCAGAGAAACGUGCCAAGCACUAUGGAAAAUGGAAGACGGUGACGAAUUACGACGAAGACGACGACAAAGAUGACGACGUGGGCACCGACGAUGACGACAUCAAUGUCAACAACGACGACAACGACGAUUACGAGGGUGAUGAUGAUGAUGAUGAUGUCGUUUAUGAGCGAUGA